AUGAUAUGGUUUCAUUGUCUACUAUUCUAUUCUACUCUCCUCUUCUUAGGAAGCCAUGCCAAUUCACUCCCUCGUGAGAAUCUUCAAGCUCGUACAUUCGGAGAAGCCCUGACCUGGGACAAAGCGAAGGGAAAGGGCAAACAGCUGGAUACUCAAAUGAACGCUGCAUCAGCUGUAGCCAGCGCAUUCACCAAGUAUGAGGAUUUGGCGACUUGGGGCUGGAAAGAUAAAGUCAGAAAGCUUGAUGUGACCUCGUCCAUGUUUAAUUUCCUUAAGAAGGCACCCUACCUGUUCGAAUUUGCUCAAUCGCAGCGGAUCCGGUGGAUUCACGACAGAACUGUGAUUGUUGAUGGAUUGGAAUAUGGAGAUACUGGAGGAUACUUCCAAAAUAUCUACAACGUUCUCGACAUGGCUAUCAUUGCAGACGACAAUGACAGUCCCGAAAACUCAUAUGACCAGUGUCCGGACGAUAUUGUACAUCUAGUCAAGCUCAAAAAGUGGUCUGAUGUCACAUUCCUGGAGUGGCAGCAUUUAUGCAGCAACGACGGACUUUCACCCAGUCGUCUCAAAUGGGUAAUUCGAAGCAAAAUCAACAGCUACGACACAUUAUCGAUUAUAGAGGAUGCUUUUGAUGAGAAGAGUGGGUUUGAAGAUUGGAAAAAGUAUGAGAACGGUGUUUCUUUCAACCGUGGCACCGAUAAUUUUAAUGCUUUGCUUGGAACUCCUAACGCUUCAGGGACAGCUUAUAUGCUUAUCCAACAUAGGGCCCAAUUGGGGAAGAAGAGAGUCUCUAAGAUCACAGUGUUUGGUCAGAAGACGGCCGCAAAUGAAUGGAUGCCGGGAAUGCUAAUGGAGCUGGAAGAUUGCUAG